UAGGUUGCCCAGUAGAGUACAGCACUUCAGUAGGAUCACACCCUAGUAUGCUUCCCCAUCCACUGGGUCUCCAGAAAGAUCCAGUCAGUUCAAGAAACUUAGGGCACCAAUUGCAUCCAGAUUUACAAGUGUCUUCAAAUGCACACUUGGAAACAGGUGUCCAGGUGCCUGAUGAUCCUGAAAAGAAAUCAAGUCUGCAUAUGUCUCAAAGUCCCCUAAAGCACUCAGGAGCUCCAAUGCAACCAAGCCCCUCCAAUCAUCCAUCCCAUGUAAGCAAACAGAGUCUUCAAAAAUCACAAAGUCUUCAAGAAGAGCUACUACAAACAACUUUUAAAUGGCUGUUAGAUUCUAAAAGUAGCCUCUGUCCACAAUUGACCUCAGUACCACCACCAGAACCAAGACUCCCUGUACAUCAAGGUAGCCCAACAUUGGGAACCAGGUCAACACACCCUAAUCACCAGAUGCUCUCAAGCUCCUCAGUGAAUUCUGCUUGCAAGUGUUCCUUAGGCUCUAUGUUUCCUUCCUAUCAAUAUGGUGACAAGCAAGUUUGCAAUGCAGUUCCAAGGAAGCAACGGAAGGAACGCACUGUGUACACCAAGGAACAAAAGCUACUCCUCCAAGAACAUUUUGAUCAAUGCAUGAACCCAAGCUUUGAUCAACGCAAGGAACUGGCACUAAUGGUUGGUGUGACCGAGCAAGAGAUCAAGAACUGGUUUAAGAACCAUCGUGCAAGGUACAAACUGAAGAAGUCACAGACUGCUCAAGAAGGACAGCCCGAGAAACUCUAAAGCUGCUUCUCGGUCAAACAAUCGCCAUGGUAACAUAUCUGUCCUUGUCUCUGCCAAUGUAGAGUCCAAGUCUCCAGGCAAAUCCAUUUGGGCUCCAUUCCCCAACUCAACCACAGCCUGGAAGCAUCACAUCUGGGCACAGAGCAGUGUGCGAUGCCGCUUUCCCUAUUUUCUACCAGGUGUGAUUUAGGAACAUCCACAAGAACAUCUCAAAUUGCCAUGGAAUCAAGGAGGAGAAGUCAGCUGUCAGUGCAUGAGAACAAGUGUUCAUGUCUCCAUCAAUGUCCCUGUCACUGAUGGUCCUGAGUGAUCAGGCCUAUCAGUAGUUAGCUAUCUUCCUGAAACCAACACCUCUAAUAAUUGCCUCAGCGAUUCCCUCAUCUUGAUCAGGCUCUGGGGGAAAUUCAGCAUAUGGGACUAGUUGGCCAAGACCCCAAUACAGGAACCACUGGUCCAUUUCUAUCAAGAAAACCUACAGACCUAGUUCAAUCAGUAACAUUUCAAGACACAACAGAGUCAGCUCCAGUGAUAAAAUCCAGUAUGAGCCAAAGCUCUUGUACCUCUUCCCCUAGCAGAUUCAGCUGCAGCUUCAAGCUACCACCAAAGGUGAAGGCUGCAGCCACAGCCAACGUCCUGCAUGGAGAUGAUACUCACAGCAACCUGCAUUUCCUGACUACUUCUUGGUUUACGGCCUCUAGAGAAUCAACAUCUCCCUAGAUAACGUAUUAUUUCCCAAGUGUGCUGUUCCCUUACUUUGUCGAGGCCCACUCACCCAGAGACUAUUUCUAGGAACUGUUUGGUUUUUGGGAAGACAUUGCUACAAAAAUUAGAGGUGGCAUAGUAAAAAGGUGGGCUCAGGACAUUUCUCUAUCUUUAUAUGAGUGUUGGGGGUUGUUACCUUUUUAGAACUGAGAAUCCCCAGGUGAAGUCCUGGCUUUUAUUCAUGCACUUAGCCUCCUUCAUGUGGUUAUUGGCUGCUUUUAUAACUCUGCUCCAUUCAUUGUUAACCUUUGGCCGUUAAUGUUCCAAUUUUAUUUGGAGACCAUGUAAAUAAGGUCUUGGAUUUCUAGGACCAGCAGUUAAGUGGCUGGGAAUAGGUGAUUUUCUUGCUGAUCAUAUUGGGCAGAGUUCUACCAAGUCCCCAUUUGUGGGCUUCCUCAAGAGGUUAAUGUCAUGUCAUUCCGAAUUGGGGUUUCAUAGAUUAUAUAAUUGCUAAAUCUUGUCCUGGCUGGUUUUUAUUGUGUAUAGUAUAUUGUAUUUUGUUGAAUUUUAUUAAUCACAGAAAUGUGCCAUUAAAUUCAAUUCUAUGUUUUAAA